CGACCGUUGCUUCUCUCCAUCUCCUUUCAUCUUCCACACGACAGCUCGUGCGCCACACCGAGCCCACCAUGUCUUCCGAGGAGGACUAUUCAGAAAAGUCCCCAGCCGCUGCCCAGCCACAGACAAAGCGCAAGAACGGCUUCUUCUCUAGGAACAAGAAGCAAAGUAUAGACGAAGAGAAACACCAUACAGACUCGGCCACGACCGCGAACGAUGCUGUCGUAGAGCCCAAGAAGAAGGAGGAGGAGAAUGUGCCCCCAAUUUCUUUCCGCCAGCUUUUCCGGUUUUCUACGAAGACAGAGCUCGUGCUUGACUUCAUUGGUCUCGUUGCUGCUGCCGGAGCUGGUGCUGCUCAGCCCCUCAUGAGUCUUAUGUUCGGAAACCUUACCCAAGCCUUCGUCGAUUUCGGUACUGCCGUCCAGGAAGUACAAGACGGCACAGGAGAUGCUGCUGCCAUUCCCGUAGCUGCUGCCAAUUUCCGCCACACCGCUGCCCUCGAUGCAUCCUACCUUACUUACAUCGGUAUCGGCAUGUUCGUCUGCACAUAUACCUACAUGUAUGUUUGGGUUUACACCGGUGAGGUCAACGCGAAGCGUGUUCGAGAGAGAUAUCUCCAGGCCGUCCUCCGUCAGGAUAUCGCAUUCUUCGAUAGUGUCGGUGCUGGUGAAGUCGCUACUAGGAUUCAAACCGAUACCCACUUGGUUCAGCAGGGUAUCUCAGAAAAGGUCGCGCUCGUCGUCCAAUUCCUUUCGGCCUUCUUCACCGGUUUCAUUCUGGCCUACAUUCGUAACUGGCGUCUCGCUCUCGCAAUGACCUCCAUCAUUCCAUGCAUCGCCAUUGCAGGUGGUGUCAUGAACCAUUUCAUCUCCAAAUACAUGCAAUUGGGGCUUGCUCAUGUCGCCGAGGGUGGUUCGCUUGCCGAGGAGGUCAUCUCCACGAUUCGCACGGCCCAGGCAUUCGGCACACAGAGCAUCCUUUCGUCCUUGUACGAUGUCCCCAUGGACAAGGCGACGAAGGUCGACGGCAAGGCUGCUAUUGUCCACGGUGGAGGUCUCGCCGUGUUCUUCUUCAUCAUUUACGCCUCCUAUGGCCUUGCCUUUUCGUUCGGUACCACACUCAUCAACGAAGGCCACGCCAACUCCGGUCAGGUUAUCAACGUAUUCAUGGCCAUUCUCAUCGGUUCCUUCUCGCUUGCCCUCAUGGCGCCUGAAAUGCAAGCGAUCACCCAGGGUCGUGGCGCCGCAGCCAAGUUGUACGCCACCAUCGACCGUGUGCCCACCAUCGACUCCGCAAGCGACGAGGGUCUCAAGCCCCAGCAGGUCACCGGCGAGAUCACCCUCGAGAACAUCGAGUUCAACUACCCGAGCAGGCCCGACGUCCGUAUCGUGAAGAACCUCAGUAUCAACUUCCCCGCCGGACGGACCGCCGCACUCGUCGGUGCUUCCGGUUCUGGAAAGUCAACUAUCAUCCAGCUCGUCGAGCGUUUCUACGACCCUCUGUCCGGUGUCGUUCGGUUCGACGGUAUCGACUUGAAGGAGCUCAACGUCAGGUGGCUGCGUUCCCAGAUCGGUCUCGUGUCGCAGGAGCCUACCCUUUUCGCGACCACCAUUCGCGGUAACGUCGAGCAUGGUUUGAUCAACACGGUUCACGAGCAUGCCUCGCCGGAUGAGAAGUUCGCGCUGGUGAAGGAGGCGUGUGUCAAGGCUAAUGCGGACGGUUUCAUCUCGAAGCUUCCGCUCGGGUAUGAUACCAUGGUCGGUGAACGUGGGUUCUUGCUCUCUGGUGGUCAGAAGCAGCGUAUCGCGAUCGCUAGGGCUAUUGUUUCGGACCCGAAGGUUUUGCUUUUGGAUGAGGCGACGUCGGCUUUGGAUACUCAGUCUGAAGGUGUCGUGCAGAAUGCGCUUGACAAGGCUUCGGCUGGACGUACUACGAUCACUAUCGCUCACCGUCUCUCGACUAUCAAGGACGCCGACUGCAUCUACGUCAUGGGCGACGGUCUCAUCCUCGCCAAAGGCCGCCACCACGAGCUCCUACAAGACGAAACCGGACCGUACGCACAACUCGUCGCCGCCCAGAAGUUGCGCGAGUCCCGCGAGGAACAGGCCGCGGAAGGCGUCACCGAGAGCGACACCGAGGACGGCGAGCCGACGGCCGCUGAGAUCGAGAAGCAGGCGCUUGAGGAGAUCCCGCUUGGGCGUAGCAACACGCAGAGGUCGCUAGCGAGCCAGAUUCUGGAGCAGAAGGGGAAGAAUGGAGAGUUGAAGAAGGAGGAGCCGGAGUAUUCGUCGGCUUAUUUGAUGAGGAAGAUGGCGAGCAUUAAUAGGAAUGAGUGGAAGAGAUACGUGCUUGGGUUCUGUUUUGCGGUUUGUACCGGUGCUGUCUAUCCUUGUUUCGGUAUCGUUUGGGCGAACGCCGUCAAUGGCUUCUCGCUCACGGAUCCCGCCGCACGUCGUCACACCGGUGACCGUAACGCUCUUUGGCUGUUCAUCAUCUCCAUCCUCUCCGCUAUUUCCAUCGGUUGCCAAAACUACUACUUCGCCGCCUCGGCUGCUUCUCUCACUGGCAAGCUCCGCUCGCUGAGCUUCCGCGCGAUCUUGAGGCAAGAUAUUGAGUACUUUGACCGUGACGAGAACAGCACCGGUUCCCUCGUCUCCAACCUCAGUGAUGGUCCCCAGAAGAUCAACGGUUUGGCCGGCAUCACCCUUGGAGCUAUUGUCCAGAGUAUCGCGACUUUGGUCCUCGGUACGAUCCUUGGUCUUGUCUUCAUCUGGAAACUCGGCCUUGUUGGUUUCGCCUGCGUUCCUCUCUUGGUCUCCACUGGUUACAUCCGUCUGCGCGUCGUUGUCCUGAAGGAUCAGCAGAACAAGAAGGCUCACGAGCAUUCGGCACAACUCGCCUGUGAGGCGGCGGCGGCCAUCCGCACCGUCGCUUCGCUCACCCGUGAAGAAGACUGCCUGGCCAUCUACAGCGAGUCCCUCGAGGAACCGCUCCGGAAAUCGAACAGGACGGCCAUCUGGUCCAACGGGCUGUAUUCGCUCUCGCAGUGCUUCGCCUUCUUCGUCAUCUCCCUUGUCUUCUGGUACGGCUCCCGGCUCGUCUCCUUCCUCGAGUUCUCCACCUUCGACUUUUUCAUCGGCCUCAUGUCCACCGUGUUCGGCGCGAUCCAGGCCGGGAACGUGUUCUCGUUCGUGCCCGACAUCUCGUCCGCGAAGGGAUCGGCGUCGCACAUCACGCACUUGCUCGAGUCGGUGCCCGAGAUCGACGCGGAGUCAACGGAGGGCAACGUCCCGAAGGACGUGCAGGGACAUAUCAAGUUUGAGAAUGUGCACUUCAGAUAUCCGACGAGGCCGGGUGUGAGAGUGUUGAGGGAUUUGAACCUCGAUGUGAAGCCUGGGACCUAUGUCGCGCUCGUUGGUGCUAGUGGUUGCGGGAAGAGUACGGUUAUUCAACUUAUGGAGCGAUUCUAUGAUCCUUUGCACGGUGGUGUGUAUCUCGAUGGCCAGCCGAUCAACGAGAUGAACGUCCAGGAGUACCGGAAGAACAUCGCUUUGGUCUCACAGGAGCCGACACUUUACGCUGGUACUAUUCGCUUCAACAUUUUGCUUGGUGCCACGAAGCCAAGGGAAGAGGUCACACAGGAAGAGCUCGAGCAGGCUUGCAGAAAUGCAAACAUCCUGUCGUUCAUCGAGAGCUUGCCUGAUGGCUUCGACACCGAUGUCGGUGGCAAAGGCUCUCAACUGUCUGGUGGUCAGAAGCAACGUAUCGCUAUCGCCCGUGCACUGCUCCGUAACCCGAAGGUUCUCCUGCUCGAUGAGGCCACCUCCGCUCUCGACUCCAACUCGGAGAAGAUCGUGCAAACGGCAUUGGACGUUGCUGCGAAGGGCCGGACGACGAUCGCCAUCGCGCAUCGGUUGUCGACGAUUCAGAAUGCCGACUGCAUCUACUUCAUCAAGGACGGUGCGGUCAGCGAGUCGGGGACGCACGACCAACUACUUUCCAAGCGUGGAGGUUACUACGAAUACGUCCAGCUUCAAGCUCUCAGUAAGAACUAGGGCUGUGUUCGGACGUUUUUCCUCCUCUGUUUUGGUUUCUGCUUGCCGUCUCUUGUUUUCGUCGUUCCCAUGCAUCAUCUCUCUUCAUUGCUGUUUCGUAGAGCUAUAGCCAGUAUCGCAUCAGACUCUCCACGUUGUAGUCCUUAUGAUCACUCGCCCGCAUACAAUCCUCGCCGGUCUCGUCUCAUCUAUCUCCUCCGGUCUCAUCCUCACUCAUUCACAUGGAUUCGUUGUUCUUGGCAUCCUCCUCCGUACCACGGGUUUUUUUGAUCCUUUUUAUUGCAUACAUUACCUUCGACUGCUUCCCCUUACCCCCUUGCCUUGCUUCUGCUCCGUGUUCGACCUCACGAACUUUAUACGAUACUUCCAUGUCGUCACAUCACGUCGUCGCUCUCAUGACCUCGGAUCUUUGGGCUCUCGUUCGUCUUCUUUUAUUCCGUUUAUUUCAUUACCUACCUACUUGCCUACCUACAUAUAUCAAUCUCAUCUCCUCGCCUACAGAUGAAGAGGAGGAGAACCGUUCGCCCGUCGUGUCACUAUUACUUACUCUACUUUUUACUGCCUCGUUAUCCAUAUUCAAUUCAAGUUAAAGUACUAU